AAUCUUCACUACGGCUGCUUCCUUGGGUGCAUCUCUGGUCUUGGCUGCAAUGGCGAGAGCGGCUUGCAAUCACUUAAUCCCCAGUUUAGUGCAUCCAUUGAAGUUGACCCUGCACAGAAAUCAACCUCUUUUUACCGGCAACUCUCACUUUACAGGCAUUUUUGGUUAUAGGCGGCGCUUCUCUUCAUCUAAGAUAAGCAUGAGCCUCAGAGCCGGUAUCGUUGGUCUUCCUAACGUCGGAAAAUCCACUCUCUUCAACGCCGUUGUUGAAAAUGGAAAGGCUCAAGCAGCUAAUUUUCCUUUUUGUACAAUAGAGCCAAAUGUAGGGAUUGUUGCUGUUCCAGAUCCUCGUCUCCAUGUGCUCUCUGAUCUCAGUAAGUCUCAGAGAGCGGUCCCAGCAUCUAUAGAAUUUGUAGAUAUUGCAGGGCUAGUCAAAGGUGCAAGUCAAGGAGAGGGACUCGGUAAUAAGUUUUUGUCCCAUAUUCGUGAAGUUGACUCUAUACUUCAGGUUGUGAGGUGUUUCGAAGACAAUGACAUUGUUCAUGUGAAUGGGAAAGUUGAUCCCAAGACUGAUAUUGAUGUUAUCAACUUGGAGCUUGUUUUCUCAGACUUGGAUCAGAUUGACAAAAGAUUGGAGAAACUAAAGAAGGGCAAGGCAAAAGAUUCUCAAUCUAAACUCAAGGAGGAAGCAGAAAAAACUGCACUAGAAAAGAUUCGGGAAGCACUCAUGGAUGGAAAACCUGCACGUUCUGUGACCUUAACUGAUUUUGAAAGGGAUGCCGUAAAGCAUCUCUGCUUACUCACCAUGAAGCCUGUCAUAUACGUGGCUAAUGUUGCAGAAUCUGAACUAGCUGAUCCUUCAAGCAAUGAGAAUGUAAAGGAAGUCAUGAAUCUAGCGUCUGAAUUGCAAUCAGGAAUUGUGACAAUUUCAGCACAGGUUGAAGCAGAGCUUACUGAGCUACCAACUGAAGAAAGACAAGAAUACUUGAAAUCUCUUGGUGUUAGUGAAAGUGGUCUUGGCAAUCUAAUUAGGGCAACCUAUAGCCUUCUGGGGUUGCGAACUUACUUUACUUCUGGUGAGAAGGAAACAAAGGCAUGGACAAUACUUGCAGGAAUGACUGCACCUCAAGCCGCUGGAGUCAUUCACUCUGACUUUGAGAAAGGCUUUAUUCGAGCAGAAACAGUGUCUUAUGAAGAUUUUGUUUCAGCUGGUUCACUUGCUGUAGCUAGAGAAAAAGGACUUCUGAGAUCGGAGGGUAAAGACUACAUUGUACAAGAAGGAGAUGUCAUGUUGUUUCGUUUCAACGUAUGAUAGACUGCACUUGCUGCUGUCAAGUGAGGAUCAACAGAGAAGUUGAUAUUUCCAUCCACGACAACAGAUAGAGAAUUUUUUCAGCCAAUUGCUGAUUAUAGAUUUGAAAGGCAUUCUUUUUGUUGUAUUUUUGGCAGAACUCUGAAUUCUUUUUCCUGUAAGGAGUUUUUUAACCAGCAGAAUACUUCUAUAGUUAUUCGUUUAGUCUUGUACACAUGCCUAAAAGAGAUAUGAAUAUGCUGUUUAUUGCAUUACUUCCAAGUUAACAGGUAGGCUUUUAAAUAUAAAUGUAUGAGGAUGAUAUCAUUUUCUUUCUUAUUUUAUAUUCGAAUAUUGAAU